CUGGCACGUGUUUCCAGGGUGGAGGUGACAGGUUUGUGUGGGGGACCAGUCCACACGCACGCUGCAUCACAUCAGCUGCAUCAUGCCGACCGACACCAAGCGUGUGCGCGGCCCGGAGCUGUCUCAAAACCCGGGUCUGUUUGCGUGCAGACCGGCGGGUGUUGUCCACGCCACGCACGGCCCCAGAGCGGACGGUCGGCAGCGGGAUCAAGUGGACGUGCGGCCCGUGUUUGUCCGCUGCGGGCUGGUGAGCCAGGCGAAAGGCUCCGCGUACAUCGAGGCUGGAAACACCAAGCUCAUGUGCUGCGUCUACGGCCCCAGAGAGACGGAGAGGAAAGACGAGACCGAUAUGAAGUGUGGAAGGUUGACUACCGACAUGCGUUUUGCUCCAUUCUCCUGCCCGGAGCGAGGCUCCUGGAUUCAGGGAAGUCAGGACAAAGACUUCUCCCUGAUGCUGCAUGAGAGUCUGCAGCCGGCCCUGUGCCUCCACAAAUAUCCCCGCUCUCAGAUCGAGGUCAACGUGAUGGUUCUUGAGAACAGCGGUUCAGUUCUGGCCCACGCCGUCACAUGUGCAUCUCUGGCUCUUGCGGACGCCGGGAUCGAAAUGUACGAUCUGGUGCUGGGUUGUUCAAUCCGUCAGGAUGGCGCCUCUUAUGUAGUUGACCCGUCUUACGCGGAGGAAAACAGCUGCAGCUCAGUCAGCGGCGAGAACCAGGGUGGACUCACUGUUGCUUUCCUCCCCAGCUUGAACCAGAUUUCAGGGCUGCAGUCGGAUGGGGAAAUGGCUGAAGAGACUCUGACAGCUGGGGUUCGGACCUGCAUUGAGGGAUGCUAUAAACUGUACCCGGUCAUCCAACAAGCCCUGGCUAAAGCUGUGCGCAGGGCUGCUCCUCCGCCAUCGGAGAGCUGAGAGACUCAUUAACGAAUAACUGCUCAGUUCAUAGUCUUUUUAGUUCACAAUUUCCAGUCUUACUCUGAGAAAAAUAUGUUUUGUUUCAUAUUAUGUUCUUUAAAUGAAAACUGAUAAAACUGAUUUAACUGUGUUUUCUUAUUAAAUAAUUUAACAAUGCA